CUUCCUUUCAUUCGACGAGACCGUCUUGCCUAUGUGGAUCAGCCCAGUUGUGCUGACUAUUUAACCAUUGUUCUUGCUACGUCUUGUAUCUAAAUUAAUGCGUAAUGGGUGCUAGCUUGCGGCUCACACGAAGCCUUCGAAAUUCAGUAACGCAUUGGAAUUCUAGAAAAACAUAUUGCUGUAGCAAUUGCGCGGCUCAAGUUCUGGUUGUCAGUCCCGAGAAAAGAGACCAUGCCACGCUGCUCUUGGGCCUCUCAUUCACCACCAAUGUUACAUUACUCCUCCUCGUUUCCCUCCGUCCCAGAUCGACGCAAUCGGUGCUGCCCAGCAGGGGCGGAUCAAGUAGGAGUGAGCCCGGAACAGACGAGCCCUCGCGGGGGACGAUGCUAAAGGCGAGUGGAUGCUGGAGAGAGAAAAGGCUACGUGCUGACGCCGCUUGUUGUACCUCGGAUGAGAGGAAGCAGGUGCUCUGCUGUAGUGGUCUUGUUGAAGUUGAAACGCUAUCGGUGAAGAUGAACUCGUCGAGGUUUAUAGCAUCCUGUUGCCUAUUACUCUAAUCUGAGUACGUUCAUUGCCCUCAAUCCAACUUGGUACGUUCGAGUUCCGCCGUAACAAUCUCGAUUGAAUCAAUUAAAAUAAUAUCAUCUGCUCAAGCAUUGUGAAAUUCCAACAUACCAAGCAGCACCCUCUUGCUUCCGCUUUCUGUAGAUUCAUAGCCAGCAGGCGCCUAGUCAAGCUCUCCA